GCGUAAGAAUACAACAUGUCGCUAGAAGCUUUUGUACGGAAUUCCAGGGUUUUCAAAGUGGGAUUUAUCCCUUCCCAGAGUAUUUAAUAAAGCACCUGCUGUGAUUACAUGAUGGAGACAGAUGAGGAAAGCGUAUCUGAAGCGGCUCAAGUAACACCGAUGGAGUCAGAAUUGUAUUUUUUAAUCGUCAAAUUUCUUCAAUCUGGACCUUGCACACAAUCGGCUGAGGUUUUACCAAAAGGCAACGAUUGGACAGGACAUCCUUUUUCAACAAAUUUUGAGCAAUUCAAUCAACUACAUAAUCAAAUUGGGAAUGGGCAUCUACUGCAAAUUUGCGAACGCUUGCCGCGUCUUCUUGAUGAAAAGAUACCUCCUCCUGUGUCCGGAGUCAAAACUCUAUUGGGUGCUGGAAGACAAUCCUUAUUACGAACAAAAGAGGAUUUUUCUUCAUCCUGUUUUCCUGAACUAUCGGUUAAAAGCCGAGGGCGAGCUUUACCCUUAUCUCAGAGUACAAGGAAAAAUAUAAAUGCUUACUAUUUGAUUCAUGGUAGAGAAUAUACAGGUCGUAUACUAGGAAAGCAUUCAUUACCUGUAACCCUGUAUUCCAAUAUUCGACGCCAGAAAAGAACUCUGGGUCAUCUAUCUGCUGUUUAUUGUGGAGCUGAUGAUCACUUGGUAAAAGUUUGGAAUGCUCACAAUGGCCGUUUGAUUAGAACAUUAAGAGGUCAUGCUAAAGAAAUAACGGAUAUGGCUAUUAGUUAUGAUAAUACUAUAUUGGCUACUGGGAGUUGUGAUAGAACAAUACGUGUCUGGAGUACUCUGAAUUUUGAACAUUUAACGGUUUUAAAUGGCCAUACAGCUCCUAUAACUUCGCUACAAUUCUGUCCGUUGGUCAGAGCGGGAUGUAACGAUCGCUAUUUUAUGAGCACUGGGGAAGAAGGCAAUGUUUGCUUUUGGCAUUAUAAUCAGGAGACCCGAGUAUUCACGCCUAAACCUAUAAAGUUUAUCGAACGGUCUAGAGCUGGAGUUCAAAUGUUAUGUUCAUCUUUCAGUCCCGGUGGCGUUUUUCUAGUCACAGGCAGCACUGAUAAUACAGUUAGAGUUUACUGUUUCACUUCUGCACCAAAUAAAAUUGCCGAGUUGGAGGCUCAUACGGCUCCAGUUGAUAGUAUUCAAUUUGCUCACAAUUUAAAUGAAUACUUGAGUGGGAGUGGAGAUGGUACAGCUCGUAUAUGGCGGUUCACCAAUGAUACGUGGAAAACGCUUGUAUUAAGAAUGAACGACUUAAAAAGAGAAUAUUUUCCAAAAGCAGAAAAAACGUUCUGGUUAUAUCGAGAUUUGAAUUUUCUAUACAUAUUUGUAGAAUAUGUAGAUAGUAUCCAGUACGCAAAGGGUACGGAUAAAUUUGUUAGCGGAUCUUGGGAUGGCACUGCUCGCGUGUGGAGAUAUGAAAGACAACAAUGGAAAGCUGUUGUAAUAAGAGUUAACGGUCAUAGAAGUGGUAGUAAAAAUGAUAGUAAUAUUGAUGUUAAUCUAGAUAAAAAGCCUUUGAAAGUAACAAUGGUUGCUUGGACAUGUGAUGACAUUCACGUUUUAACGGCUGUCAGUGAUUUUUCCGUUAAACUCUGGCGUGCAUCAACUGGUCAACUUGUUUCGACAUUUGUAUCACAUACUACUGAGGUUUAUGUGCUUGAGACGCAUCCAACUGACCCUUACCUUAUGUUGAGUGCUGGUCACGAUGGAUAUAUUAUCAUAUGGGACUUGGAAACAGGCACUAAAGUUUUUGAGUUUUUAAACUCCAUUGAAGGACAAGGACAUGGAGCAGUUUUGGAUGGUAAAUGGUCAAAGGACGGCUCUUCGUUUGUUUGUACAGAUGCUCACGGCUUUUUAUCUCACUUCGGAUUCUAUAAAAAUGAAGUUUUUGAAAAACUACCAAAUGACCUGUUUUUUCAUACUGACUAUAGACCUCUCAUUCGCGAUUCAGCUGGCUUUGUCUUGGAUGAACAAACUCAAAUGCCUCCUCACCAAAUGCCUCCUCCUUUCCUCGUAGAUAUGAACGGUAUGCCAUAUCCUCCUUCUUUACAAAGAUUUGUUCCUGGCCGAGAAAAAGCCGAGUUGGGUCAUUUAGUGCCUCAAAUUGCUCUUACUCCGUCCGGCGAUAGAGAAGUAUUGGACGUCUCACUAGCCGAUACUGGAGGCGAUGUUGGGCAAGAAGAUGAUGAAAGUCAACAUUCCAAUCUGGAUGUUAUGAUUGAAAGACUGCAAAGAGAACAAGAUGAAAGAAUGGCAGCCACAGGUGAUGUUCUUCCAGAAGCACAAGGUGCAAAUAGCACAUCAUCAGAAGCUCAACGAACUCCUCAACCACAUGUUGAUCAUGACUAUGCUGGUAUCAUUCAACCGUUAGCGAAAUGUUCCUAUGGUUUUAUUCCCCGGCCUCGUUAUGACCUCAUUGAAUGUGAGAAAAAGCGUCGGAUAUUUGGAGAAAAGGAACUGGAAAUCUAUAUACAAGAGAGUAAAAAGAAGCCCAUACUGAACGAUGUUGAUAAAAAUGAGGAAAAUGAACCAUUUGUUCGCUCAACGCGGAAAAGAACAAAAGUUAAAAAAAACAUUCAAAGAUUAACAACAAGCACUGAAGAAACCAGCAUAAAUAGACUGACAACCAGAGCUUUAUAUGAUACUGAAGUAGAAUCGUCUGAAACUAAUGCCGAAGAGGAUAAUGAGCAACCUGCAUGGAAAACUUCAGAAGAAGAGUGCGAUGAUAUCGCUUCAAGUGAUUAUUCCGACUGGACAGCUACAACAGGAAAUCUGGAACCACCAACUCGACUUUCACCUUCUAAAAGAAUUAGUCAAUUAAAUGGUGGUACCUCAAAUCAUCGACCUAAGAGAGUGAUAAAAAGAAAAAGGAUAUUUCCAGAGGAUGGAAGAGAAUCCUCUAGUUCAUCGUUAUCUGAAAAUGAACCGGAAGAUUCUCGCGUUAAGAAUGUUCCAGAGCGUAAGAGACAGGGAACUACACAGAAGCGUCAAAGAGAACGAAGAGUUGCUGCUGUUCGUGCACAACAAACAAGGAAAAAAGCUGAAGCUUUGCAAAACAUGGAGAAUGGAGAGAUCCCUGAUCGCUUUCGACCCCCAGAAUGGUUGACUUCAGCGAUUCCUCGAAAAACCCCAUAUGUACCACAAAUGGGUGAUGAUAUUAUGUAUUUCCGACAGGGGCAUGAGCUGUAUGUUAAUUCUGUAAAUCGGCUAAAAGUUUAUGAUAUACAACAAAAUCUUAUCUUACCCUGGGAAAAAGAUCAGGACCUUUCUCCUCACGAAUGGAUGCGUAUUAUUGGUAUAAAGUAUGAGAUAAAACCUCCUCGUUUAGUGUGUGUUAAGUUGGGUCAUGUUGACAGUGAAACUGGUCAACUAACUGGAGAAUCCAUUACUCUAAAAUAUCAUGAUAUGCCUGACGUAAUUGAUUUUUUAGUCCUUCGAAAAACGUAUGUCACUGCAAUGGAAAGGCAAUGGAAAGAAAGUGAUCGCUUUCGGGCAGUUAUUGAUGAUGCUUGGUGGCAUGGAUCUAUAGAAGCUCAUCAAUGUCUCUCAGAUGACUUUCCACACAGUCAUUUUCAAUGUUUAUGGGUAAGAUGGGAUAAUGGUGAAAGGGAAAGAAUGAGCCCUUGGGACUUAGAAAUUGAGCAUGGAAAUCCUCCUGAAGGUGGUUCCGUUUCAGUAACACCUGCAGAGUUUCGCGCUUCUCAGUACUAUGAACCUGAUGAGGGUGAAUGGCCUCCUCAUGGAAGGGAUGUUGAAUGCGAUAGAAUAAAGGAGGGAAUAGAAAGAGUGAUGGAAAUCCGCAUAGCUGAACACUUCAUUGCUCCUGUAGAUCUCUCUGCCUUCCCGUACUACGCAAUGGUUGUACCAUAUCCAAUCGACUUGUCUACUAUUAGGUCACGUUUAGAAAAUCGCUAUUAUAGACGAGUCACUUCAAUUCUUAAAGACGUUAGAUUCAUAGAAUCUAAUGCAAAACUAUUCAAUGAGCCAGGCUCUCAUAUUGUCCAUUGUGCUGAGCUCACAGUGAAACUUUGCGUGGAUUUUAUACAAAGAACUGACUGCUUAAAUAUUAUGUCUAUCUACAGUGUCAUUAUGCAGGAGCAAGAAUCAAUAGAAUCUUCAAGUGCUUCUCCCAGAACGCGACGACGACGUCGGUCAUCUGAUAAACGACCCAAUACUGAUCGAAAUUGGAAUGAUGAAUGUAAAGAACUUCUACAAACCAUGUUUAGUCACGAAGAUUCAUUACCAUUUAGGGACGCAGUUGAUCCGGAGCAAUUUCUCGACUACUAUCAAAUAAUUGAUCAACCAAUGCACCUCGGAAGAGUGAAAGAAAAACUUGAAUCCAAUGAAUAUCAGUCUCCAAAGCAGUUUUGUCAAGACAUGCGUUUAAUAUUUAGUAAUUCUAGGACGUACAACACAAACAAACGUAGUAGAGUAUAUGCUAUGACUUUACGUCUGUCUGCGCUAUUUGAUGCUAUUGUAAGUCAAUGGAACAAAACGUCGGAAACUCAGAAAUCGGGGAAAACUACAAGACCUCAAAGAUUAUCAAGUAUCACCAACAGUGCAGAUGCCCCUGGUACAAGCUUUGAUCGCGUAACUAGAGCCUUGAGAAGGUCUACUCGAACUCGAACUUCACAAAGUGAGAAUUCCAAUGCAAGUAGUGGCGACUCGUACUCCUCAAGAACUCGUACGAUAAGCCGCAAGAGAAGACUUGUUCAUUCAGACAGUGACCUAGAAAAUGAACAGGCAUCAAAGCGGAUGGCUACUAAUAUCCGAAAACCACCCAUGCGAGCCGCAAGAAAUAAAUCUUGCAUUAAUGGUAAUAGCUCAUAUUCAACGAGAUCGAAGACAGGCACAAUAAGGAGAACUGUAUAUGACUCUGAUGGUAGCUCAAAUGAUGAGAGUUCAGAAGACGAAUCAGCGGAAGAUAAAAUAGACAAUGAAGCAUCAACAGAUGAUGUAGUUACUCAAGGCAGUGAUGAGGAUUCGGCUGAAAUAUCCUCUUCACAAGACUCUUUGUCAGACAAUGACGCAGAUGAGACAGAUAAAUUUAGUGGCCAAUCUUCCAAUAGACAGCGCAGACAGCCACCAACUCCCCCGCUUCAAAAAGUCAGAAGGAAUUCUCCGAGAAAGAAACGAACCAGAAAACCAACUCAAGAUGACGAUUUUUCUGUUGAAGGAUCAAAUAGGAAAAAUAAGCUAAAAGAAGAUAAAAUUAUGACAAGAAAUCGAGGGAGAAGAACUGUAAACUAUGACGAAGAUGAAGAAGAGGAAGAGGAAAUAGUUGAAACAGUGUCCAGUAGAGGUCGCGUUCGGAAAUUACGGACAAGUGUUCCAGGCCUGCUUCGAUAA